CAUUUUUCAUUAUCAUGGCGGAGGACGAGGAUGGUGUUUCGAAUAAGAAGUCACCUCAAAAUACAAAUAACGAAGAACCUUUGCAGGAAAACGAACAAAAUGCAGCUAAACCAGACUUAGGUAUCGAAGAAGCAAAGUACAAUAGUAAUGAAAAUGGUGACGCGACGCUUACGGAGGCGAAAAGUUCUUCUUCCAAGUCUACAGGGGCGACGCGGAAGGAUGAGAACCCGUUUUCGUUUCGGCAUUUUCUGAAGCGGGAUCUCUCAUUGCCGGGUAACUCGACAUACGAAAACACUGGCGCCCGUCCGAAAGUGUACGCGAACACCGUACAGCACUCGCCGACCAAGAUAGACGUCCACGCGGACCCGCGGCGGGACAAGCUCCGCGCGACCGACUCCCAAGCCAAAGACAAGCCUAGCGACGGCAGCAGCCAUCGCAUAAGUGACAACACAUCCUCAAGUAGUUCCGUAGAAAUACCUUUUAGUGUAGUGGAUAACUCUGAUUCUAAGCAUAACUUUUACACGGACAAUAAUGACGUGCCCUUCUAUCACAGACCAAACCUGGCUUCGGAGCCUCUAGGGAUGCCGUCAUUGCCGGAUUUUGUGCAAGACCACAUAUUAGUGGAGCAAGCAUAUUUGAACUUUAACGGGCCAAUAUCAGUUGAUUUGGAUAACUUACCGGACUUUACGUUUAAUACUAGUUUCAAUGCAGGAUCUUCUUCGUCCUUGGGUAGGCGGAAUAAUAGCAAUUAUGGUGGUAGGGGUUAUAAUUAUGAAGAAUAUAUGGGAGCUGCGUCUACCUCGAAUGAGGCAGGUCAGGCUGGCAGUGGGAUGCCACUGGACCUGCCGGCCGGUGCAGAGGCUGCAGGGCCUGUGCCCCUGGACCUGCCGCCACAUUUGAGCCUGGAUCUGACUGAAUCUGUGAACCCGGUGGACAGGAGGAAUGUGUCUCCUAGAAACACAUUUCCAUUGGAUCUCCCUCCAAAUGCUGGGGCGGAGUCGAUGUGUCUGCCGGACUUCCUGCCGGUGCACCCGGGCCGCACCUCGCCGGAGCCCGAGCAUCAAGACGAGCAGAUGCAACAGAUACUCGCCGAGUUGGAACGCACCAGAUGUGAGUUAUUCACGGAGCGUUCCCGCCGGUCCCGCCUAGAAGAGGAACUAACGUCAUCGCGCGCGGCCGCCGCGGCGCUCCGCGCGGACCUGUCGGCCGCCCGCGCGGCUGUGUCCUCCGCGCGGAGGAGCGACCGCGAGUUCGCGGGGCAGAUGGACGUGGCCGCUGAUAGGGUUGAAAAUAGCCUGGCUGAUGCUAAGACCCGAGCAGCGGAGGCAGAAUCAACGAUAGCUAAACUGAAAAAUCAAAUUAAAAAAUUAAAGGAGGAGUUAUCGGCGUCGCAGGAGCAGGUGCGGGCGCUGCGCGGCGUGCAGGGCGCGGCGGCGGCCGGCCUGCGCCGCGCCACUGUCGUCGCCGAGUCCUCGCUCAGAGAGCUUCUAUCAGGACUGGAGCAGUUGAAGACUUUAAGCACGAACCUGGACCCGACAUGAUGAUGAACGUCCUCCACUCGCCCCCGGUAACGCGCGGACUUACACGGACAGACAAACGGAAUACUAUAUUACUUUAUAUAAUAUAUUCAGUAUAGAAAGGGCAACAAAAAAUAUAUACAUACAAAAAAAAGGGCGGUUAAAGGAACUCAGAAACCGGCAUAAUUAUUUUUAUUAUCCCUUAAAUAAUGGACAUAAUUUUCUAUGGUUGUGUCAUGUUUUGUGAUUAAUUAUAAAGCGAUAUUUUGGCAGUAGGUAAAUAACUGUUUCUUCCUGCUAUAAUACCGCCGUUCACUUGAAAAUGUCCCAUACAAAAUCACCAUCUGCCUAAUCUUUUAUCAACUUUGUCGGGGUCGGUUUCCAGUCUUGCCGGAUGCAGCUGAGUACCAAUGAUUUACAAGGAGCAACUGACUUUUACCUGGAUGCCCCUUUGUGAGACUGGGUAUAAGGUUUUAAGGCUUCCAUACACGUUUUUUUACGACCGCCAAAGAUGUUUGUUUUUAUGUUGUAUAAAAUGUCAUCAACAAUUUUAUUGCACUUAACUCAAAAUAACGAAAAAUCUCAUAAAAAAUAAGUGAAAUAGUAGUCCAUUUGUUAAAUCUGUUAGUUAGUUUCACGUUAUAUUCCGAUUCGAGUAUUUUUUUUUAAUAAGUUCUAUAUAAGAAAUAUCAGUUCUAUAAGUGAUGAGAAAAAUUGUUGGUUGUAUUAAUAAUUAAAUUGGAGGGGAAACUUUGGGCUUCCGCGUCUCUUAAAUAUUGCUCAGUAACAAGAUAAUUGGGUAAUCGCUUAUCGAACAAUGUAGACUUACGAUUUAUUUAUUCUUUUUUAAAUACCAAAAUAUUGAUAUCCUAUUCUGCUGGUUAGAAGGACGACUUUUCAGUAGUGAGAUUUUUUUUUAAAUAAAUGUUAAUUAUUUGACAUUUUGUUACUCCAGUCGGAAUAUAACAUGACUGCAAAAGAUAUUGAAAUACAAUCAUCGAAGUUAAACUGUGUAUAGUAUUAUACAUCUUCCAUUUUUUCCGUAUGUUGUUCCGUACUGAUUGCUUGUUCACUACAAUUGGUAUUGUCACUUCCGUAUUUUUAAGUUCUUCUCACAUACAUAGAAUAUCUAUCCUAUACUUAUAAUAUGAUACAGCUGAAGGGUUUGUUUGCUUGAACGCGCGAAUCUUUCACUGUCUGAAAGGCCUUUUGUCGAGGAAGGACUCUUUUAUCCGAAUGCGCAGAGGAGUUAACUAAUUAAACUGCUGGCGGGUUCGAUAUACAAUUUGAUGGUAAUCUGAGGUAAUGAGACGUUUCCAAACAGGCAAUUUACUGUCAUAUAUUUUUGGUAAUGUGGUUAAAUGCAUCAGUAAGACAGAGGCAGAAAUAAUUGUACCUUAGUAUAGUGCUAAAUAACGUCUGUUUACUUCGUCCUCAGAUGUACAUAUAAAGAUAUACGUAAAUUCUUGACUUACAGUCCUCUUCCUUAGUUGACUUCCAUUCUAUGUUGUAAUAAAUUCAGUUUUAGUGUUCCAUUCGAAAGUGAAUGACAAUGUUUAUUAUUUAUACCUUAGUAUGUACGAAUUUGAUGUGAUAGCCAAAUUCUGUACAGUUAUAAUUUCUGGUGUGUUGUGAUCAUACCAUGAAAUAGGGAAAAUGGGAAUUCUUAUUGUUUACUAUUUCUCGGCGUUUUACAUGUUACGGUGUUAAUCUUGGUUUGUGGUUAUAUUCGUUUAAAGAAAUCCUGACAUUUUUCUAAAAGAUAUUCACUAGAUAUAGGUGAAAUACGUAAAUAUUGUUUGGUCAAAAAAAACUUACAGCACAUUAUAAUUUCGUAAAUUUUGAUUAGGAACCACAUGUUAUGUGGUUAGUAUAAUAAUAAAUAAAUGAGGUCUGAUGUAUUCUAAGGUUAUGGAUCGAAUACACAAAUGUUACUUCAUCUUAAGUUGUUAUUUAAAUCCUUUUUUUCGUUCAACAAAUUAAAAUUAAGGGACAUUUGAAAAUUCGGGAAUUUGAAGUACCAAAAGCGCUUUUGUGAAGGCACUUUACCAAACAUGUUAUAAGCAAAUCUGGCGAGUGAUAGGAAACCAUAUUAUUUAGAUUAUGUAUUAUUUAAAUUAUAUAUUAAGUACCUACUAUUAUUAUUUAUGAAAUCUCAACUUUCAUUUUGUUGUAGGUGAUUCUUACUGUUUUCUUUGGAUUACUGUUUAUCUUAGAUCAGCCUUGAUUUCAUGCCACUUAAAAUGUAAAAUAUGAAAAUAAAAUUAAAUGAGUAGAUUUUGCCUCCGACAAUUGAACGAAGUAUAUGAAUAAUCUUCUAAGGAGUCGAUACCGAUGUUUAUAAAUUUCCAAAUAUGUACAUUAUUUUGCUAUAAAUAAAAUAAUGUAAUCUAAUUCGAAUACUUGAUAUCUUACGGUGAGUUGCACUAAUUAACUAUAACGAUAACCGAACCAUUUUCAGUAGUCAAAUCGCCGAAUUGACCAAUGGGCGGCAAGUAUACGGCUGACUAUGGUUUGGUUAUCGUUAUAGUUGAAUGGUUCAACUUUGACUUAGUAUGUUAACGAAAUCUUUGCUUAAAUUGUAAAUACGAACAAAUACAUAUAUUUUUGUGUGCCAUUGAGGCUGUAUUCAUUUACUUAGUGGGCAUUGCUUGAUAUCAGUAUGAAUUUCUUCCUGCCAUCAUCAAAUGACUUCAUAUCUUUAUUCUAGAUAUUAUGUGUUUCGUGUAAAGUCCGAUACUCUCUAAAACUAAAUAUUAAAAACUAAUUUGUGCUUGUUCAACAAAUGUUAUUGUACAUUAAACUGUGAUUCAUUAUUUUA